AAAUUUGUUGUUUCUGAAAUCACUGUUUUCUUGAACAGUAACCAUUUUUAAACAAAUAAACUGAAAACUCAUUAAAAUGCUCCAAAUGAAGCAUGUUUUAAACAGAAAAUUCUAAUUACAUUUUUUUAAUGUCAUAAAUACAAGCAUUAUAGUUGGUAUUGAAUUGGGGCAACAACAGUCAUGUAAUGAUGUAAAUACAUCCAAGCAUCUAUUUUAAAUGAUCAUCUCCUAAGAACUUUCUUUUUCAGAGUAAUAACUUUCUCACUGUAUACUGUUCUUUCUAUAUUAGAAAACUCAGAAUGCUAAUUUUUUCAAAAACAUCAGAUAAAUACUUCUCAGAAACCUAUCACAGAGAAGAACAGCAAAUUUGUGAGAACUGUCUUUUUGUAAAAGAAAACUGCAUAACAUCUUUGAAUUUUACCCCUUUUGAAGUACUUUACCACAGCUAAUGAAAAUAUAAUAAUAAAAGAUAUGAUCAUUCUCAUUUCCAGGUGUUAUAAAUUAUAAAGAGUUUGCUGUGUUUUAAAGUCUUUGGUUUUAUAAAUCAAUCACAUUGAAUACCUUUUACAUUUUUGCUCUGAUCUGCUGCAAUAUCUUGCUUAUGAAUGAAUUUGACGUGGUAUUUUAUACUUAAUUCUGGAAUCUGAUUUCAUUCAAAAUAAGACAUAUUUCAUAAUGCUUCUGCUUUCACAGAUUUCUAUAAAAUCCUAAUUUGAUUUUAAAAGUUAUCUAUUAUUUAAGAAUAUGUCUUCUCUGGUAUACUUUCCUUUUCUGACUGAAGAAACUUCUAACUACCUAGGAAGUAAGAUGAUGGCAACACCUACUCAGUAAUGCAUGGCCUUUCUCCUAUAUAAUGAGUACCAGAAGAGUGGAGUUGUACAGAUUUUCAGUACUGCUGGAGAAUUAUUAUGGAUUGAGGUAGCUAGUGGAGGCUUCUCAGUGGGAAGACAGGAGAAAGUUGUAGGGGAGAGUGGUAGGAGAAAAGGCAUAGGCAAGGAAGUAUGAGAUAAGCUUAGGAGACAUUAAAAACCAGGCUGGAGAAGCGGAGUCAUGGUGUUCAUUCAUAGGUGAAUGAGUUAGGUUGGUAAAUUCAGAGGUCCUUAAAUAUGAAGUUUAAGUAUUAAGAACUUUUAUACUAUGAUAAACGAAAGGAUUCAGAUUAAGUUUGUGUAAUGACCAGAACACUGACCUGCAGCUACACAGACAUGCAAAGUGACAGCAAGUUUGUGAAAGAAAAGUCUUCUGGAACUAAACAGAUUAUAAAAGAAGAGUGAAGAAAUUAUGUUUUCUCUCUACUUUGGCAAAGACACAAGGCUGAAUGAAUGCCAGAAUCACCUCCGCAGAUAUGGAAAUGUGAAUCUGGAACUGGUGACUCGAAUCAUUAGAGAUGGUGGCCCAUGGGAAGAUCCUGUGUUGCAAGCUGUUCUAAAAGCCCAGCCAGCAUCUCAGGAGAUAGUGAACAAAUAUUUAAGUUCUGAAAAUCCACUAUUCUUUGAACUACGUGCCAGAUACCUAAUUGCUUGUGAACGCAUACCUGAAGCAAUGGCUCUUAUUAAAUGUUGUAUAAAUCACCCAGAAAUCAGUAAAGACUUGUACUUCCAUCAAGCACUCUUCACCUGUCUGUUUAUGUCACCUGUAGAAGAUCACCUAUUCCGAGAGCAUUUACUGAAAACUGAUUGUAAGAGUGGAAUUGAUAUCAUCUGUAACACUGAAAAAGAAGGCAAGACUAUGUUAGCCUUGCAACUCUGUGAAUCCUUUCUUAUUUCACAGCUCCAGAAUGGGGAUAUGUACUGUAUCUGGGAGUUGAUUUUCAUAUGGAGUAAACUUCAGCUAAAGUCUAAUCCUUCAAAACAAGUUUUUGUAGAUCAGUGCUACCAGCUUUUAAGAACAGCAACUAAUGUGAGAGUCAUAUUUCCUUUCAUGAAAAUCAUUAAAGAUGAGGUUGAAGAAGAAGGCUUACAAAUUUGUGUUGAAAUAUGUGGUUGUGCUCUACAACUAGAUCUUCAUGAUGAUCCCAAAACUAAAUGUCUAAUUUAUAAAACAAUUGCACAUUUUUUACCAAAUGAUUUGGAGAUUCUCAGGAUUUGUGCACUCUCGAUAUUUUUUCUUGAACGCUCCUUGGAAGCUUAUCAUACUGUUGAAGAGCUUUACAAACGUCCAGAUGAAGAAUACAAUGAAGGCACAAGUAGUGUUCAAAAUCGUGUUCGUUUUGAAUUACUUCCAAUUUUGAAAAAGGGAUUGUUUUUUGAUCCUGAAUUCUGGAAUUUCAUAAUGAUUAAGAAAAACUGUGUAGCAUUACUGAGUGAUAAGUCAGCAGUUAGAUUUCUAAAUGAAAGUGCACUGGAAAAUUCUGCAGGUAAUGUAAAAAAGGCAUUGGAUCAGCACAGUUUAGAGGAAGGGCUUGACUCUCUUACAGAUCAGAGCCUUGGAGAGCUUGAUCCUGAUGAUAUAUCUGGAGUGCAACCAAAAGGCCCUAUUAACGCAAAGAAAAACCUUACAGCUCUUAAUGCUUCCAGAGUAGAUCACAAUGUCCCAAGGCAUCGGUGUAUGUUAUGUAACAAGGAAUUUCUAGGUGGUCACAUUGUAAGGCAUGCCCAGGCUCAUCAGAAAAAGGGCAGUUUUUCAUGUGUGAUAUGUGGCAGGAAAUUUAGAAACAGAGGACUUAUGCAGAAGCAUUUAAAGAAUCACGUUAAGAAAAUACAGAGACAGCAAAUUGCUGCAGCUCAGCAAGAGGAUCAAGAAAAUCCUGCUUUAGAAGAAAUGAAUUGUUCUGAUACUUUCAUUUCAUUUGAAAAUGGGAAUUCUGAUAAUAAAGAUUUGGAAGUAGAGACUAUUACCGGUUCCAGUGACAGAAACAAAGAGGUCAUCCCUGCACAUGUGGGUAAAUUCACUGAAAUUCCUGUAAAUGUAUCAGAAGAUGUUAUUGAAAACAUUACUGAAAAUGGCAGCCCUGAUACUUCUUUAAAUAAUGUCUCAGAGCCAUUACCUAUCUGUGUGGAUGACUAUGAGGAGGAAGAAGAUGAGGAAGGUGAUUAUGAAGAAGAUGACUAUGACCUGAAUCAAGAAAGUUCAGUACUUCAUAAAAUCAAUGGAGCUGUGUGCCAUCCAAAAGACAUAUAUGCAACAGAUCAAGAAGGAAAUUUUAAAUGCCCUGCUCUUGGCUGUGUCAGGAUAUUUAAAAGAAUUGGAUUUCUGAAUAAGCAUGCAAGGACUGUACAUCCAACUGAUUUAAAUGUGCGGCAAACAGUAAUGAAGUGGAGCAAAGGAAAAUGCAAAUUUUGUCAAAGGCAAUUUGAAGAUUCUCAACAUUUUAUAGAUCACCUUAAUAGACACAGCUAUCCAAAUGUGUAUUUUUGUUUGCAUUUUAAUUGCAAUGAAGCAUUUAAGCUGCCAUUCCAACUUGCUCAGCACACAAAAAGUCACAGGAUAUUUCAAGCUCAGUGUAGUUUUCCAGAAUGCCAUGAGCUUUUUGAAGAUCUUCCUCUGCUAUAUGAACAUGAAGCUCAGCAUUAUUUAAGUAAAACACCAGAAUCAUCUGCACAACCAAGUGAAGCAAUUCUUUGGGAUGUUCUUACAGACUUAAAAUCUAAUCAUCAGGAAAAAGACUCAUCUGGUAAUGAGAGACAGACUACUAGUCUGCCAGUUUCUACUAGCAAAUCAAGGAAAGAUAUUACAGAACCAAAGACCUGUAUAGAAAGUAUGGAAAAGAAAACAGACAGUUUAAUUCAGAAUGGAAAUGAACAUUCUGAUGACACUGUUUCUGAUACAAGCUUGACAGACCAAAAGAUGCCUGACAUAGAGCCAAAUUCUGAAAAUAAUUGUAGUAUUAAUGAUUUAGUCAAUGGACACAGUGGAAUAGAGCAGACACCUUUAGUUUCAUCAGAUCCUGCUUUGAAAAUUGAUACAAAUAGAAUCAGGACAGAAAACGGUUCCAUUUUACCCAGUGUUGUACCACAAGAACACAAUACCCUGCCAGUAUCUCAGGCACCUUCCAAACCAAAUCCGACGAGCGAACACACUUCAUAUGGCUUAAUUUUAACAAAGCCAUAUGUCAGACCAUUGCCUCCCAGUUACCUUGAUGAACGGUACCUUAGUAUGCCAAAACGCAGAAAAUUUCUGACUGAUAGGGUAGAUGCCUGUUCUGAUCAAGAUAACGUUUGUAAAAAAUCAGUGAAAAGAUUAAGAUGUGGCAAAUGCCUGACCACCUACUGUAAUGCAGAAGCACUUGAGGCUCACCUUGCACAAAAGAAAUGUCAGACCCUCUUUGGAUUUGAUUCAGAUGAUGAAAGUAAGUCUGCUGUCUUCUCAGUAGGUAUAUCUGUAGAAGUAGAAAAUGCCAUAAAUCGUCAUAAGGUUAAAAAAAUUAACAUUUGUAUAACACAGAUAAUAAAGCACUACUCCAUACAUUAUUUCGUGUAAUCCAUAUAAGCACCAUAAGUUCCUGUUUUAUAUAUCAAACAACUGACAUUCACAAGUAAUUUGCAUAGGCAUAGGCCUAUGAACUUGUGGAAGCCAGAACGUAAACACAGUUUUUUCAUACUUUUUGGAUCAUACAUUUUAACUACCUGAGGCUUUUCUUCAUUCUAUGUUUUUAUGUAAUAAGAAAUCUGAAGACAAACUAAUUAAGAUGAAAGUGUUUUUCAUCUGCAUGCCAGAAUAUAAAACAAGUGAAGCUGAGCCUCUAUUACAAAAACAAAAAUUUAAAAAAAACAAAAAAUAAAAACAAAAUAAUUGAAAAACUGAGCUAAAGAAGAACAUGCUUUUCUACUAAUAUUAAUAUUCUUUGAAUGAGUAAGGGUAUAAACAAACAGGAAAUCUAACUUAGAAUACUAGAUGAACAUCUAUAAAAUAUGAAUUAACAGACGUGUUCUGUUUUACAGGUGCCUGAUAAAAAUGUUUCAGAAAGAUCUGUCGAUCAAGCAGUAGUGUGCAAAAUGCACUACAAGAAAAUGCAUCAUCAGUUUGCUAUUUCCCUGAUGGCCUUAAUUUUAGAGCGAUCUUGGAUUACUAAAGAUAAAGACAAA